AUGGAGAGAGUAAGAGCCGCUAUCGACUUGAGAGACGUGGGCAUCGCGUCGUCGAUGAAGUUGAGGAAAUCGGCGGCCGGUGGUCUCCUUUUGGAAGUCACUGGCCCCGGGUCCAAGCUGGCGGCGGACCGUCUCGCGGAUGCCAUGCGGGACGUCAUUUUCGCCACCGACGAGGACGAAAGGGGGGUUACGAUCGGGCGGCCGAAACGUCGAGUGGAGCUCCGAAUCUCUGGAUUCGACGAGUCUAUCGACGCCACGGUCGUCCGGUCAGAGGUCGCACUGGAGGGCCUCUGCAGUUCCGCCCACAUUCGCGUGGGGGACGUGGAGUUCUCCAGGCGCGGCCUGGGGAGCGUCUGGGUGCAAUGUCCCGCCGACGCGAGCCUAGCGCUUGCGAAGGCGGGGCACCUAAAAUUAGGAUGGGCAAAGGCGAAGGUGGAGCUUCUCAAGGGAGCUUCCCUUCGCUGUUAUCGUUGCUUGGCGGUGGGCCAUGUGCAGCAGCGGUGUCCUUCCGUUAUGGACAGGAGCCGCUGCUGCUUUAACUACGGUAGGCACAGGCAUGUGUGGCGGUCCUGUAAGGACAGGCCGCGGUGCCCGGUUUGCGAAGAUAGAGGCUUGCCCUCUGCACACAGGGCAGGCGCGGCCGGUUUAUGCAGGCCCGUUUAG